UAUAGUUACCGCCUCUUCGUUUUUCCAUUUGUCUUCUCCUUCAGCAGCAGCAGCAGGAACAGCAACAAAACUCUAAUUUGAAGACCUAAUCAUGCCGAAGCAAAUCCACGAGAUCAAGGAUUUUCUCCUAACAGCAAGGAGGAAGGAUGCACGAUCUGUCAAGAUCAAGAAGAACAAGGAUAUGGUUAAGUUCAAGGUUCGCUGCUCCAAGUACCUGUACACACUGUGUGUGUCAGACUUUGAGAAGGCUGACAAGUUGAAGCAGUCACUUCCUCCAGGUUUGAGCGUUCAAGACCUUUGAAGAUGGAAGAGUUAAUGUGUCCCCUCCACCCUAGAUUGAUUAGAAGAUACUCGGGAAUUCGAAGAACUUUUGUGUUCCUUCACCAUUUUCUUAUCCUGUCGAAUAUUUGAAGUUUUGUUCAUUCUAGAUAUGGUGUUUCUUUUUCAAUCUCCACCUUCGACCUUAUUUUGUCGAACCCUUGUGGUGUUUGGAUAUCGAAAUUUUGGUUGAUUUGCAUGA